AUGGAGAUGGAGAUGGCCGACAACCCAUUUCAGACUCUGUCGCCCUUGGAGGAUGCUUCGGGGGCUCUCGCAAAGUCACCACCGGCUCGUCCUGACCCCAGCACCCUCCCAAGCUAUGGGUCCGGCAAAGAACCAGAGCCGUCGGUGCCGGUAGGCUCAGGGCACCACCCGACAACCUCACAGAGCUACAAUGAAGUUGGGGGCAGGCAAGGAUAUCUAGCACAUGGGAUGGAAAACGCAGAACCAGACCAAAGUAGUCCCAACCCCCCUUUUCAACCCUUCUUCACUAUCAUCGAAGAUGCGCAUAGCUCCUCCGUCCACCACCCAACAGUGCACUAUAUAUUCUCCGAUGACGACACGGAUAUCAUCAAAGAAGCCGGAUUUCGCAGUCUCGAAAUCCAAGGCAUCACGAUACCCGCGGAGAAGAAGGAUAAAGAAUUCGAGGACGAUCCUGAUAGCCCAACCGACCCCGACGCAAACGAAGAAGAUAAAUCAAUCCUUCCGCCUACUACUCCAGGAGUACGAACACACUACCUCUUAUUGGAUGUUGAACCAUUCUCUGCGCCGACCGAACAAAUCACAUCCGAUGCGAAAAACAUGAGUACCUCCCCUGCCGGCCCCGGGGCUGCAACUAGCCCGAUAUCACCACCGGCAGCGAAUCCAGCCGCCGUUCCACAUACUCAGUACAGUGUCACCUCAGCAAAGAGCUUCUCUCCGACCUGGCAGAUUCUGAACGCCGAUCUCGUUCCUGCGCCGACAUUUGACAGCCAGGAUCCCAAUAACGGACCUUCUCACGGGAUGAUGCUGAAUAUUCGCGGGACCGGCGGCGUGCCGAAAGACCCGCGAAGCAAAGAGGAUGGUCUAGAAGCUCUGAUGGGGAGAUUUGAAAAACACAUGAGUGAAUUGCAAGCCGUGAUUGAUUCCGCCAAGGUAGAGGAAGUGGGGGAAGUGGAGGCGGAAAAUGAGCAAGCUGUCGAUCACGAAGGCGAAAACGAGUCAAAGGCGGAAGUGGACGCUGAGGCGGAGAUUGAAGCCCAAGGGGCUGAACUUCCUUGA